UCUUUUCAUCUAGAUUUAAAAAUUAAGAUGAUGAUGAUGCUCCAGUACUCGGCAGCACUACGAUGCUCUCUUCCUCCCGACCAUUCAACAGUGCGUUCAGUUCUUCCCAACAUCACCUCUGCAACAUCAUCGUCAUCCAAUCUAACAAGAAGGGAAGUUUUAUCCACUGCUUUAAUCUCCACCACAUUGGGCUUUACCGUGACUACUCCUUCAAAGUCCGCCGCAGCUGAGUUCUUGGAACUACCCAACUCCGGUGGCGUCAAGGCUUUGGACCUUCGUGUUGGUACUGGUGAAGUACCCUCCGAUGGCGACCAGGUCUCUGUUCAUUACUAUGGAAGGUUGGCAGCAAAACAAGGAUGGCGCUUUGACUCAACAUAUGAUCACAAAGAUGAAAAUGGUGAACCAACUCCUUUUAUAUUCGUAGUUGGGACUGGGAAGGUCAUUUCAGGGAUUGAAACAGCUGUAAAAUCUAUGAAAGUGGGUGGUCUUCGUAGGAUCGUUAUACCACCAUCGCAAGGAUAUCAGAGCACGUCACAAGAACCGAUACCUCCUAAUGUACUUACUCUGUUUCUUCCAGAUUCUUUAAGUCUGCUAUCUGUUUUUUUUGACAGACAGAGACUGUUUACAACCAUCUUCAAUCCAACUCGUCUUGCUAAUGGAGAAGGUUCAACUUUGGGGACGCUUGUAUUCGAUAUCGAGCUGGUCAGCCUGAGGCAUAAAUAAAGUCUUUCUUACUUCCGAGCAGUAAUAUGUCUCUGGUGGCAAAAGGUACGGUGGAAACUGAUGUUGUCAUUUGUAGUCAAACAAGGUCCAUUCCACUGUUUAUGUGUCAAAGCCCCAGCAGUACUGUCAAAACUGCUUAAGAUUUUCAGAUAAGAGAUGGAUUGUUGUAGAAUUACAGCUCCACUGUCAAGAUGAUGUGUUAUUAAUGAAAGUGAAAAUGUGAUAUUAGCAUAAGCAUAUUCAUUUGAGCAAAUCUAAACACUGUAUGUAACAUUAAUUCCAGAGCCGUGCUUCCCUGCUUGCCCACCCUGUUUUCUCAUGUUGUAGGAGAAGCUCGGUAUAGGUUAUUGGCAUCUUAUCAAUUGGUGAAGCAAAAGCUAUGGACUAAACUUCAGUGUUGAUAUUGUAUCCUGGUAGUUUAUGAAUGUUUGGGAAUUCAUUCUUGA